AUGGGAUUGGGUCAAAAAAAAUCCCAUUACCGCAACUAUUGUAGGGAUUCUGGCUGUGGAUGCAUUGGUGUCAUCGCGUCAACAGGAGCUGGUGGCUUUUUUGGUGGUUGUUUUCAACAAAACCCGGCUUAUCUGUCUUUGGCUCAUUUGCUGGUGGAUGGUUAA